CUCGCUGCGGCUGCCAUCCCGUUCCUGCUUUGUCACUAGCACUAGCCUGGACUGGACCUGGAGGACGGAGCGACCUGUGACUUGGAGUGGAGUCACUCGACCCCGUCGAGCUUUUGCUUCUGCUUUGCACCACCGUACCGUGGAGGAGGACCUGCUUCGUCCCCGCCGACGUGCUCGAUGGUGGCCCAGAACAUGGCGAGAAGGAGCACCACCGUGGAGGACCUUCCCGCCGACGUGCUGGCCUGCGCGCUGCGCCGACUCGACGGGCCGUCCCUGGCCGCCGCCAGCUGCGCCACCGCGGGACUCCGGGCGCUCGCCGCGGACCCGGAGACGUGGCGCGCGCUCUGCCACGCGCGCUGGCCGUCGCUGGCCGCGCGACCGGACCUCCUCCUCUCCUCCUCCUCCGCCGUCUCUCCGCAGCGCCUCUUCGCCGACGCCUUCCCGUUCCCGUGCGAUGCCUCCUCGGCUGAGCUGCUCCCCGUCCCCGUCACCAGCGAGCUCGUCUCCGCCGUGGACGUCUACCACCGCGGGGAGCCACUGCUCUCCCGCGUCGUGGAGACCUCCACCUCCUCCUCGUGGUUCCUCACCUCGCCGUUCUGCGUCGACGCCGUGGAGUGCAAGAGCCACGCCGCCGUGGCCGUGCCUGCGCAUGCCCCGGCGGAGCUGGAGCUGAGCUGGGUGGUGAUCGACCCCAGCAGCGGGCGCGCGGUGAACGUGUCCAGCCGCCGCCCCGUCGCCGUGGACAGGCACUGGUACACGGGCGACACGCUGGUGCGCUACGCGGUCGUGCUCGGCGGCUGCAAGUUCGAGGCCACCGUCACCUGCUCCCAGGAGACCGGGCACGUCCGGGAGAUCAGCCUCACCGUCGAGGACGCCGACGGCGCGGCCGUCAGCGGCGAAGGCACCCUGCGGCUGCUCGCGGCGGCCAUGGCGGGGCCGAGGAAAGGAGCGGAGGAGGAGCAGGUGGAGACGGCCAAGCGGAGGUACGAGGACUUCGUGAGGAGCAAGAGGGGCAGGAAGGAGUCCAAGGCUAGGAAGGAGGUGCUCGUCGAUCUCUGCUGCUCCGCCGUCAGCGCCGUCGCCGUUCUCAGCUUCAUCGCCACCGUCGUGCUCCGGUAGAGCUGACGAUGCACGAUGCAUUCUCAUCCUCAACGUUAUUUAUUUAGGAGUUCUUAGCAUCAUGUGAAUACCUCUGGCCGGGAGAGUUCUCUUUCUUUCUUUCUUUCAAUUUGGUUGCUAUUUUAUUUAUUAGGUACAGUACAGUGCUAAAUUUGGUGAUACAGCAUGUACAACAAAUUUUCCAGUGAAACCAAAGAGAGGAAAACAUGUAACUCUAUCUGUCUGUCUCUUCUUUUUGAAAUUUUAUACAUGUUCUCUACAGUCAUGUGGGGACUAUUUUGAUUCU